CAUCCUUUCCAACGCGAAAGGAUACACAGUAAUUCCUGGCUUCGCGUGUUUGUGAAACUACAGAAGACCCUAAGCCAUGAUUAAGAAAAUGUCACCUCCGGAGAAUGACUUUGACAUACCUGCGAAAAACUGUUAUAGAAUGGUGAUUCUGGGAUCCACCAAAGUUGGAAAAUCGUCUAUAGUAUCCCGUUUCCUGAACGGUAGAUUUGAUGAUCAAUACACGCCGACGAUCGAGGACUUUCACAGAAAGCUGUACAGCAUCAGGGGUGAUGUGUACCAACUGGACAUUUUGGACACUUCAGGGAAUCAUCCAUUCCCUGCUAUGAGAAGACUGUCCAUACUUACAGGUGACGUCUUUGUCCUGGUUUUCAGCGUGGACAACAGAGAGUCUUUUCAAGAAGUGCAGCGCCUGAAGCGUCAGAUAUACGAGACCAAGUCCUGCCUUAAAAACAAAACCAAGGAAAACAUUGACGUGCCGCUCGUGAUUUGCGGCAACAAAGGCGACCGCGAGUUUUACCGAGAAGUCCAGCGCGAGGAGAUUGAGCAGCUCGUGGCGGGAGACGAGCAGUGCGCAUAUUUUGAGAUCUCGGCCAAGCGUAACACUAAUGUUGACCUGAUGUUUCAGAGACUCUUCACCAUGGCAAAACUACCGAACGAGAUGAGUCCGGACCUCCACCGUAAGGUCUCGGUGCAGUACUGUGACAUGUUGCACAGAAAGUCUUUCAAAAACAAGAAGCUUAAAGACGGCGACGCGUAUGGAAUCGUGGCACCUUUUGCGCGCCGCCCCAGUGUGCACAGUGACUUGAUGUACAUAAAAGAGAAGGCGGUCGGGGGCAGCCAGGGCAAAGAUAAAGAGAGAUGCGUUAUUAGCUAAGACUGACCCGACGAAAUUGUGAUGUUUCCUUCUCGAGAUGAAACAGUUGAGCCACAGGCGGACGGACGUGCACACGGUUGUUAUGCCCUUCACUCCGUGCGGUGACGCCGAGAGUAGCGUUUGAGCACGGGUGGAAAUGUCAUGGGCUUGAACCGUCACUUCGCGACGCGAAAGCGCGUGUUAUGCCCACGAGCUGUUCACAGAAUGUCCCUUUGUUCUGCUCAGUCAGAGCGCUCUGUAACGUGGCUUAAUUACUUGUGCUACUCAACAAACAGCGUAAAAAAAAUAGCUUGUUUCAUCUGCAUUUUAUUUUUUACUUUUUUGGGGGUGAAAGCACAUGCCGAGCGUGUGGGGCUGCAAUGUUAAAAAUAGAUUACUGUUGUUUACAUUUUGUUAUACUUUAUACCAAAUACUUGAAUGUUGUUUUCUAACAUUUUUAUUGUGAAUGUAUAUUUAUUAUUCUAUGUCAUUGUACAUUUUUGCAAAUAACAGGAUAUUAUAAAUAAAUUGUCAAAUAAGCCUAUUCAUUUUUGCUCUUCGAUCUAGUUGAUGAGUGUGGGAUGGAUAGGAACAAUGUAGCGCGCCCGUCUUCCAUUUAAACUAGUCACUUAGU